AUGCAAUCGCUCUGGACUAGAGCCGGCCAGGCUCGGCGCUGCGGGUGCAGGACCUGCAGCACUGCAAUUCGUGCUGCUGGUGCACGAGCUGCCGGAGCUGCUGGACGACGCAAAGCGACAUUCGCGGAAAUAUUCACAGCCUGUUACAGUUCGGUCUUUGCGACGGCUGCAAUUGUGGAUGCUGUGCGAAAAGACGAUCGCAGAAGGGAGCUGGACCGGCAGUUGGAGGAAGCUAGAAGGGAACUGAGCGAAUUGCAGGACAGGUCACCACCAGCGUCACCAAACGUGGGAGCCAAUGCAUCAAACCUGUCAAUCCAGCAGAUGGAUACCCUUUGGAAAAGUCUCAAAGAUAUUUACCGAAACCGACCAUUCAUGAAGGAAAUCGACAAACCGGCUAUGAUCGAUGCAUCCGAGCUGAUCACUAACUUGAAGGAAUCAUACUAUUAUGCCCCAGGAGAACCUUUGAGGUCUCCUCCGAGGCAGAUUGACUACGACCAACUGGAAAAAGCAAUCAUGGCUGAGGAGCAGGACAGUCGAAUUAGCUCACGGGAGUCCCUCAAUCAAGAACAAUUGAUUCGCGAAUCCGAGAGUGCUGAAAACCUCGUUCAGCAAUUGCUCCGCAGAGCCGAGGCACUCGAUGACGGCUCAGCAGUAUGCCCAACAUUCGACGAAGUUAUAGGGCUGGCGGCGAAAGGAUACCCGAACUUUUCAUUUCGAUCCAUAGACCCAGAAAUGGCGUCAAAGAACACGGUAGUCCUGAAUAGGCAAAUCCGAUCUCUGGUCAACGCAAAAGACCUCAGCUGGAAGGAGAAAAUCGGCAGAGUUUGCUUCAACCUUCUUGUCUCGCCACAUCCGCCUGAUAUGCAUACAUACAACACCCUCAUCGUUGCCUUUGACAGAUUGGGUUGUCAUCUCUUCUCCGACGCCUUGGUCUAUUCGUUUUUCCACCGGCGGUUGUUGAAACCUACUCCGUCUACCUUUAUGGCAAUUCUGAACCACUACAUACUGACACGUAACCACGGAUUGUUUCUUCGUACCCUUGCAUGUCUCACUGGGCUAGAAGGCAAGUAUGGUGCAAAGAUGGGUAGACGACAUGUCGAAGACAUUGAAGAUUGGGGCAUGGAGAGAUGGGCGGCAAACACGAAGCUCCGAACAAGCACAGGACGUUGGGUUUGGGAACAUGUUCCUCUCAAUUUACCGUUGGUGGAAACCAUUCUAAACGGCCUGCUCCACUUCAAGCUCUUUGACGACGCUGCUUCAUUAUUCGUCUCCUGUAUGCGUUGCGGAGUUGCUCUGAGUACCAGGGCUGUCAAACAGCUCUUUGACGAGUGUAUUGCUGCUCUUGAUUGGAAAGCAGCGGUGAGGUUGAUUCGAGGUUUGUCGGAGAGCCGCAAGUGGCGGGAGAUCUUCCUUUUACAAGAAGAUAUUGGCGCUGCAGCCCAUCUUCUUGGCAGGGUCUUUGCUCUGGUCGAUCUUUGCGGCUUCAGCAGUUACAGAGAACGAGUCGACACGAGACGCUUGAUCAGCUUGGGCAUAUCGGAGGUCAACCUCAAGCGACUCCUGAGGUUGUUAUUGAAAGCAAAUCUUCGUCUACCAGAGGCAUAUGUACAACCCGGCAGCGUUCAAGUGGCCCACACCAGGGGAGGUGACGAGAUGACUCGUUCUAAGAGCAGACUGCUGCAACUCGAGAGUAUUUUGAAGGAAUACGAAUUUGUCCGGAAGACUACCCACUCGAUUGAGAGCAAAUUGUUAUAUCCCGAGUUUUCGCCAAGGUUUAGAGCAUCUAUGGCUGUACACAUUGGCGCGUCGGCUAUUCAAAGAUCUGUGCUACUGGCUGGGGAAGUUCAACACAUUGUACCACCCAGUGAAUCACUGUCACUUCAGUCACCUCAAACGGGCCGCAACGUGCAACCUGCGCAGGAGGAAAGCUUGGUGGAAGAGAUGGAGACAAUGGCUCUAAACGAUGAGUGGACGGGACAACAAGGAGGUCCGAGACGAGGGCAAGCGCAAACGGCCCUAGCAACUGCAACAGGCGGGAGGAGGAAACAGGAUGGACCGGUUUCAGAGCAUGUUUGCGUUGAACCAAGAGGAUUACUUGCAUGGCAGCGACCUCCGAACCGAGUCUACGCCGCCGGAAGGCAAUGGAUUGUUGGAACAUGA